AUGCUCUUGCUCUCGGUCUUCAUUGGCGUUCUUCUCAGUACUUCCGCUCAAGGCGCCCUCGCACCUACCAUCGCGACUGGUCCUGUCGUCGAUCUAGGGUACGCGGCCUACCUAGGAAAUGCAACGACACCUACCGGUGUAGAGGAUGGCCCAGUCGUCUUCUUCGGCGGUGUACCGUUCGCACAGCCGCCGUUGGGUGAUCUACGCUGGCGAGCGCCCAAGAUGCUCGACAAAUCAACCCCGUCCGACUCCGUGAACGUCAGUGAUGCGCGCAACUUUGCGAGUCCGUGCAUACAGCAACCCGCGAAGGCUGGAGUGGGGUCUGAAGAUUGCUUGUACCUCAACGUCUGGAUGCCUUCGAAUGCUACAAACACGUCUUCCCUUCCCGUCGCGUUCUACAUCUAUGGUGGAGGGUUUGCUUCCGGGACAACGCAAGGCUUUCCUAUGUACGACUGGGUUGCACAGAACCCCGGGAUCGUUGCCGUCUCUCCCGCAUACCGCCUGAAUGCACUUGGCUUCCUGGCAGGGCCGGGCAUUGCCUCCGACGGGGACUACAACGUCGGUCUGCUGGACCAGCGCGCUGCUAUGGAAUGGGUUCAACGCCACAUCGGGUCCUUCGGCGGUAAUCCAGAUGAGGUCACUAUCAUCGGUGAAAGCGCAGGUGCCGCUUCGGUCGUCAUGCACGUCACUGGCUAUGGAGGUAACCAGACUGCUCCCUUCAAGCGAGCAGUAACUCAGUCUAUCGGAUAUGGACCAAGUCAAGCUGCAGUGAGCGACGAGACGAGCAAGUUCUUCGCGAACUUCACCGCAUCGGUCGGAUGUCCUUCGGACCUCUCCCCGGCGGACACAAUGACCUGCUUGCGGAACGUGACAAUGGACGAGCUCAUCCUCGGUAUCAACAACCAACCCACAGACACCUGGAAUCCCGUCUACGGAGACGCUUUCCUGCCCGAUCUACCUUCGCAACUCUUUCGCGAUGGGCGCUUCACACCGGUCGAGUAUAUGGGCGGCCAUUGCAGCGGUGACGGGCAUACGUUCAGCUACGGCUCGCCCACUACGACGCUCAGCGAUGCCAACAUAGUGACACAAAUCUUCGAGGACCGCUGGGUCGGAGUCACGAAUGAGACGAUACAAGAUGUCUUCGAGUUUUAUCCUGAGGUCAACGCUCCGGGAAGCCCGCUGCAUUCGUACUUCGACCUCGGCUCAGAGAUCGGUGGAGACAUCGUAUUCAGCUGCAUGGACGAGUUCAUUGCGGAUCAUAUGCUUGACGCCGGUGUUGACAAUGUCUUCACUUUUGUAUGGAACGCACCGAACCCCGUCUUGUAUGCAAAUGCGCCGUACAGAUGGGCAGCACACACUUCGGAUCUGUUCUUCCUCUUCAGCGGCACAACGUCCGCCUCCAAUGCCGGCUUCACGUUCACUCCAUUUAACGCGUCUGAAGCAAUCCUAUCUAAGGAAGCCAUUGCAUCUUGGACAUCGUUCGUAGCCAGCGGAAGCCCAUCGACGGAGCGUCUCAAUGGCUCGGCAGUGUGGCCGCACUAUGAGACGCAGGAGAGGCAAAGGAUGAUCUUCACGCGCGGUAACAACACGAAGACUGCCAGCGCUGUCGAGCUAUGGCCGAAGUACAAGACCUCCCGCUGUGCAUGGUGGUUCCAGCGAAAUAUCACGACCCAGACAACUGUGUAA